ACUGUUAUGAUUUGAUGUGAUCAAAUUUUCAAAAUAGGUACAUAAAAUCAUCUAAACCAAUUUAAACAUAUUAUGAGUGCUCCCACUACCAGAAUUAUUUAAAACUCUGUUUUUGAUGUUGAUAAAAGGAUUUAUUCAUAUUAUUUUAGUAGGGAGACAGUGUCUGAAUUACAACUCAAAACCAACUAAGUUGAAUUUAUACUUUAGGUCUUUAUCUGUUCAUCGUAAUUAUCGUAAAACUUUCCUCUUAUCGCGUCGUCGUGUUGUUUUUAAUCCUUUUGGAUUGGCAAAGCGGUUUAUUUCGUCGGCAGCGAUGGCAGCAACUUGGUCAAUGGGCCCUGGUACUCUGGAAGUGCCUCUCUCUUUAUUUGCUACAAAUAGAGAAAGACUAGCGGAAAAAUUGAAGCCCGGCCAAAUAGUUGUCUUGCAGGGUGGUGAUAGUUUGAACCAUUAUGAUACCGACGUCGAGUAUGUUUUCAGACAAGAGGCAUACUUCACUUGGGUGUGCGGGGUCCGUGAACCAGGCUGCUACUUUGCCCUGGAUGUGAAGACCAGUAAAUCUCACUUGUUUGUGCCUCGCCUACCAGAGGAGUAUGAAGUCUGGAUGGGGAAGCUGCUGUCGUGCGACGAAUUCAAAAAGAUUUAUGCAGUUGAUGAAGUUCACUAUGUGGAUGAGUUGCAAGAUGUCCUCAAAAGUUUGAACCCUGAUGUGCUGCUAACACUGAGUGGUCCCAACACGGAUAGUGGACUCACCGCCAAAGAGGCAGUGUUUGAAGGCAUUGAAGAAUUCAAGGUGGACAACGAAAUUUUAUUCCCAAUAAUAGCAGAACUGCGGGUCGUCAAAACGCCAGCCGAAAUCGAAGUAUUGCGCUACGUGUGCAAAGUGUCAUCUGACGCUCACAAACAGGUGAUGCUAUUCGCCAGGCCAGGUCUAAUGGAGUACCAAUGCGAGUCAGUGUUCCUUGAUCACUGCUACCGCGUGGGCGGCUGCCGGCACGUGUCGUACACCUGCAUCUGCGGCUCGGGACACAACGCCGCCACGCUUCAUUACGGACACGCCGCAGCGCCCAACACCAAGAUGCUAACGAAAGGGGAUAUGUGUUUAUUCGACAUGGGCGGCAACUACGCCGGGUACGCGGCCGACAUCACUUGCUCAUUCCCCGCAAAUGGAAAAUUCACAGACGAUCAGAAACUCGUCUACGAAGCUGUGCUGUUCGCCAGGGACGCGGUCAUCAGAGAAGCAAAGCCUGGCGUGAUGUGGCACGACAUGCAUCUGUUAGCCAAUAGAGUGAUGCUGGAUCACCUGAAGAAGGGAGGGCUCCUCAAAGGCGACGUCAAUCAGAUGAUCGAGCACGGGGUAAACGGCAUCCUGCAGCCGCACGGGCUGGGCCACUUGCUGGGCCUGGACGUGCACGACGUGGGCGGCUACCUGCCGCGCUGCCCGGCGCGCCCGCGCGGCCCGCUGGCGCGCCUGCGCACGGCGCGCCGCCUGCUGCCCGCCAUGGUGCUCACCGUGGAGCCGGGCUGCUACUUCAUACCCCGGCUUCUCGAAAACGCAAAGAACAGCCCGACCCAAUCGCAGUUCUUCAACUGGGACGUGGUGGACCGGUUCCGAGGUUUUGGCGGAGUGCGGAUAGAAGACGAUGUGCUCAUCACUGAUCAUGGUGUUGAGAACCUCACUUUUGUGCCCAGGACUGUUGCUGAAAUCGAAGAUUUCAUGGCAAAUGGAGCUAAUUUUAAGUGAUACUGUGACAAUAGUUGGAUGAAAUAUUUUUAAAACUGUUUAAAGGAUGACCAAAAAUAUAGCAGACCUGUCAAUGAGGACGCUAUAUAGCCUUAUAGUGUUAUAAUAAGCUGGUUUCCUGCUUAAAACUAUGGUUAUUGCCAGCUCAAUUUUAAAUUCGUAAUACUUCUUAAUACGGCGAGGUAUGCUAUAUUUCUGGUUAAUCUUUUCUGUAAUAUAUUUUAUCAAUUAAGUUUAUAAUGCAAUUUUAGUUUAUCCAGAUAAGAAAAAAUAUCACAUUUAAUAAUUUUAUAUAAGUACUCAUUUUGAGCAAUCAAACCGACAUUUAUGCCGAAAGUUAUUUAUCAAUAUUAUUUACAUUUACAGAUUUAUUUAAUAAAUACAUUUACAAAUUAG